CUAUAGAUAUUAAUAAUGGAAUACAAUAAAAAGAAUUUUAUUUUGUCAGUUAUUGGCAUCCUCAUCUACAUAUUUGAUUUUAUUGUGGAUAUCUGGGUGUCUGUCAAGUUUUUCUGUGAAGGACAAUAUGUUUUUGGUGCUUUAACAAUAAGCUUUCUGCUCUUUGGAACACUUGUUGUCCAGUGCUUUAGUUAUUCUUGGUUCAAGGCUGAUUUCAAGAAAGCAGGUAAAGAAAGUCAGCAUUGCUUUCUUCUUCUUCAUUGCUUGCAAGGAGGAGUUUUUACAAGGUACUGGUUUGCCUUGAAAAAGGGAUUCCAUAUGGCUUUCAAAAACUGCAAAACCAAUAAUUUCACAGAACAGCAAAUUGAUUCCCAUAAAGAAGUUAUUUAUAUAAUGACUGAUUUAAGCAUGCUCAGGCUCAUUGAGACUUACCUGGAAGGCUGCCCGCAAUUCAUUCUUCAGAUCUACAUCUUUCUGGAGCAUCGUCAAUUGACUUUCAGUCCAUGUGCAGCCAUUGGGGCCUCUAUCUUAUCUAUUACUGUCUCGACUGUUGAAUAUCAAAUAGCUUUAAGAAAAUCCUUGCCUGAUACAAAGCUUAUUGAAGGAUUCUAUCCCAGACUCACAUAUCUCUUUUAUAAGUUGUUUACAUUAUCAUCUUGGAUGCUGAGUGUUGUUCUUUUACUACUCCUAAAUGUUAAGAUUGCUUUUCUUCUUUUGUCUUGUCUUUGGAUUUUAGGUAUAGCAUGGGCAUUUAAAAAGCAGACUAAGUUUUGUUCUUCCGGAGGUAUGGAAUACUUAUACAGGAUUGUUGUUGGAUUCAUUCUGGUCUUUACAUUUUUUAAUAUUAUGGGACAGAAUACCAAAUGCCCAAUGUCUUGUUAUUAUAUCCUAAGAGUACUGGCCACAUUGUGGAUAUUUAUUAUGUUCUGGCUCUGCCCAUCUUCUAUUUUUAAUUCAGAUGAAUUAAUAAUUGUCACUAUCACGACUGCUCUUACUCUUCUCCUUGGAAUUAUUUUUCUUAUUGUUUAUUAUGGAAUUUUUCACCCAAAUAGAAGUGAGGAAAACCAGCCUGAUGAAGUUGAUGGAAAACUUGUUAAAAAACAUUGUAGAAUGAGAUAUUUCCUAAUGGAAUAACCUAUUCUUUUUAUAAAAUGUUUUUUUUAAAAAUUGUGUCUCAUUGAUUAUUAAAGACAAAGUUGUGUGUUUGUUUCAUCUAUUGUUUUUGCCUUCUCUAAUUUGAGAACAUUUCUAGUACACUAAUUACAAAUGUGAGAGAUAUAGUGUAAUAAUUUGCAUUAUUUAAAUAAAUUUCACAUUUGGUUUUGAA